GAGCUGAACUCGUAUUCAGAGAUGGAGGAAAUCAAGUCUCAUGUUGCUCCUCAGAAAAUGCGUAUAGUAUAUAGUAAUAGUAAUAGUAAUAGUAAUAGUAAUAGUAAUCUCAUUGGCCCACUAGAUAAGGAUGGGACAAACGCUCUAGUGUAUGCGAAACGAGCAUUGCGUUUUGUCCGAGAAGUUCGUGAAAGAGUGCUCGUUACAUCAAAAGAGAUGGCGAUGAUCUGUCAAAUCGACAUUGUGUCGGUGUUCAGUCUCCCGCUCCUGUUCUCAACUAUACUAUGGCUUUCGUUACUAUACUAUGGCUUUCGUUGGGUAGAGCACGGGAGAAUAAAGUCUAUAGUGUAUGCGUUACUGUACUGGGAAGCUAGCAUUUUUGCUUGUCAUGGAAUCAAGUCUAUUUGUUCGAAUGUUCUUUUUUUCGUUUCGUUGGAAAAACCAACGCCGACGUCAAGAAUGGAUCAGUCUAGUCUCCUUUCUCUUUUGGGAGCAGAGCUGAAAAAGAUGGAAUUGUCAAGUACGAUGAUAUUUUUAUUAACGGAUAGAAAAAUGCUAUUAUCAAGUAGUAAACCCAUUAUGAUUGCAACUCGUGGGAUGCCUGGAAUCCCACUAAAUCGAGAAUCGGAAUCGGUGGAGGAUGUGCAUAGGGUACUCCGAGCCCUCCCCUUAUUUAGAGAAAUGGAAGGUAUCUUGCGUGAGAGGAACCUGAAUCUCCCGUCAGUACAGGAAAUAAGCGCUUUCCGUGUGAAUCUAUUCUCUGGUAUCCGGCGUGAGAGUGCGAUUGCGGACUACGACGCUUUUUGGCGCUCCUUACUCGAGGAGAUUCACACACCUCAGGGACGUAGUUGUUUUGGUCAGAGAAUACAAGAUCUGCACGCCCGAAUGUCUGCCGAGGGCAACUGGGACUACUUGAUUGCCCAACAAGGCAGAGGGUAUUUUGGUAACCUACCUAAUCUCAACAGCCCGUUGGAUCAAUAUCAAUUUGGAAUUCACCCAAUUCUGGAUCUGAAUAUUGGUGAGUACUAUGUCUCAUUCACAAAUCUAUCCUUGUCUAUGCUACUCACUCUCGGUUUGGUCCUACUUCUGGUGCUGCCAAUGAUUCUUCGUUCAUUAGAAUGUCGAUUCCUCACAAUCGCUCUUUGUGAUGCUGCGGAACCAUGGCAAUUAGGAUCUCAAGACGCAGCAACACCUAUGAUGCAAGGAAUCAUUGACUUACAUCACGAUAUCUUUUUCUUCCUCAUUCUGAUUUUGGUUUUCGUAUCACGGAUGUUGGUUCGCGCUUUAUGGCAUUUCAACGAGCAAACUAAUCCAAUCCCGCAAAGGAUUGUUCAUGGAACUACUAUCGAAAUUAUUCGGACCAUUUUUCCUAGUGUCAUUCCAUUGUUCAUUGCUAUACCAUCGUUUGCUCUGUUAUACUCAAUGGACGGGGUAUUAGUAGAUCCAGCCAUUACUAUCAAAGCUAUUGGACAUCAAUGGUAUCGGACUUAUGAGUAUUCGGACUAUAACAGUUCCGAUGAACAGUCACUCACUUUUGACAGUUAUACGAUUCCAGAAGAUGAUCCAGAAUUGGGUCAAUCACGUUUAUUAGAAGUUGACAAUAGAGUGGUUGUACCAGCCAAAACUCAUCUACGUAUGAUUGUAACACCCGCUGAUGUACCUCAUAGUUGGGCUGUACCUUCCUCAGGUGUCAAAUGUGAUGCUGUACCUGGUCGUUCAAAUCUUACCUCCAUCUCGGUACAACGAGAAGGAGUUUACUAUGGUCAGUGCAGUGAGAUUUGUGGAACUAAUCAUGCCUUUACGCCUAUCGUCGUAGAAGCAGUGACUUUGAAAGAUUAUGCGGAUUGGGUAUCCAAUCAAUUAAUCCUCCAAACCAACUAAACCGGGGAAGCUGAAGCGGAAAUGCAAUUCUCGGGUGAGGGAAGGCUUCGCUCGCUCGCUCAAAAAGCUCUAACGCUCGUUUACGAGUGGAGUGCAUAAGCCCUUAUUGAAGUAGGGCGAGGCCUUACUACACGAGCUCGUAAGUAAAGCACGGAACGAGCCUUGUCUACGAAGCUUCGCUUCAUCAUCUUGCUUGCUUCUGCCGAAGCUUAACGCACUAUAACAUAGGCAUGCAUGAUGGUAUGGUAGGAAGACUCCUUUUAAGGCCGACCACUACAUAGGAGCGAUAGGAAGCCAAGCCGUCAAAAGGAAAGGCGAGCAGCCCUUAUUGCAAUAGCAAACGGCCUACUUAUAGCCCUAUUUAUACCCUUUAUCGGGGACGGGCCUUACAAGCUCAAUAAAUUGCAAUUCUUCACCUUUUCCUCAGACAGUGGGAAUGAAUUUUCUUACUUGAUUGACAUUGACAGAUAUGUGUACCACACCGAACAAGCAAUAUGUCAUAUGCUUGAUGUACCAGCCAAGCCAGCUCUUUUUUUCUCCGUUCCCUUAUCCUUAGCGCUAAAGUCAAAAUAAAAUGCAAGAGAGUUUGUAUUUGCAAAUGAAAAUGAAUAUGGAUCUAAAAAAAAUUAUAUAAUCAAUCAAUAAAUAAUAAUUGGAAUAAUAUAAAAAAUAUCCUUCGCGUAUUCGUUUAGAAUCUUGUUGACCCUACUCGCUUACUCCUAUUUUCCUGCUUUCUUUUUCGACAGAAUUCAUUCUAUUCUAACUUUCUUGAAAGAAUGGGGUUCUGGGCUCACCCUCUCUUCCUUUUUGAGAAAGAUGGGCUGCCCUGGGAGUCUCGCCUUGGUGAUUCUUUCUCUCUUGGGGGUCUUCUUCGGUAGCGAAUCCGCUCUCAUAAAUUGGAUGAAUUCUUCUGGGUCGGCUUCGGGAUCCGCCUCUGAGAGUUGGCAAAAGUACCUCAACUUAUCGGAGUCGGAGGAAAAUGCCGCGUCCGAACCAUCCACAAGCCACACCCCGCCGAACCCUGAACCUGAAGCACCAUCCAUUUCGUUCUUGCGAGAACGAAUCAAAAAUGUUAUUCGCUCAUGCCAGCGUAUACGAAAAUAAAAAAUCCUAAAAAGGAUUAACGAAGAUCUUCACCUUGAAACGGCGAGCGCCGAGAAGCGGGUAAAAAUCGCCCAGGUCCUCGAUAACAUGAACUGGAAAAGGGUUUUCUUUUAUACCUAUACGGGGGAACCUAAGAUAAAGCCCAUAUCGACUUAACGGUCCACGAUUGGGAUCGCGCACGAAAAGGCUAAACACAGCCUUUUUCUUGUCCUCGGGACAGCGGGCUAGUCCCGUGCCUGUUUUUUUGAGUUGGGGUACACAAUCUUCCUUGUGACUGCCAAACCAGAUUUCCGUUUUUAGGGAGAAGGUGUAGUCUUUUUGAACGGUGGUAUCGUCAAGAAGAACGAGGCCCGCCCCAUUUCUGGGGCGGGGGGAAGGAGAAGUGGGACUGUGGGUCUCCUUUCAUUUCAUACAACCUGAUGGAUUCGAUGCUUCUUUUUGGCUACCUUUUAUAUGACUCUGACUAUUGCUGUUAAUAGAUACCUGCUUGCUUCUUGCUUACUGGCAACCUUUAUAAGAUCUCCACCUUCAAGCUUGAGUACAAGCAGCUCUUUAAAAAAGGGGAAUUCCGGUCCCUCCCUAUCCUUCAUGUGCUCUUUCAAGAUCACCCUCGACAGCGCAGUUAGGUCUUAGAGAAGGAACUGAUUUACCUAAGUCUAAGUAAGUAGCCAACUUCCGAUAAUCAUUCCUAGCUUUGCGCUAGAUUCAGUAUGGUGAUACACAUUUUAGAAAUAACAAGGGAUAAUAGCUCUUCUUAAGAGAAUGGCUGCUUUGGGGGAGUUCUCUUUCCCUCUAACCUCUAACUCGAAAUUGAAUAAGAGAAGACAAAGCUACGCAUUCACUCGUAGCACUCGUUAGGCCCCCCAUGAAUAUGCAUGGAGCCAUGCGCAUGAUUCCAAGAGCGAGGCGAAACUAAAUAAGAAUAACCAGUAAUGUCACGAAUGAAUGAAGCAAGCACUUUUAGAUGGUAUCGAUCAGAGCCAAUCCACCCUGUUCUUUCCUGAUUAUCGUCACUUAAAUGAAAUCCCACUAGCUGAAAUAGAAUCCGUCAAGUAAGAGAUAAGCCAGAGAUCCAGAUCAUUAGAAUACGUUACCGGUCCAAGAUGGGCCUCAUCGCGAAAAAGAGUAUGUUAUUCCUAUCACUAGGAGUAGUAGCGCUAGCGGCGCAGAAGGAGAAAGUAGCUAAGCGCUAAGAAGCUAUCUAGAGAGUUUCCAGCUGAGGUUUCCUAUUGGUAUCGGCGGAGAACGGAUCUGAGAACAGCUUCUGAUUUUGUUUUGCAAUCAAGUGCAGGAUGAAAUGGAAGAUAAUCAAUGGAAUCCAAGUAUCUUUGCCUUCCUUCUUCGCUUAUUAUCUUUGGCCAAUGUCCCAAGAAUAGGUUGAGAGAGAAUAUCCCCUAGCUUGACUUCCAACUCUUCACAGAGCAGUCGAUUCGGUCAUCACAUGUUACUGGUUGGAUGACGAUCGGAAAACUCUUAGUAGGUUGGGAUCAAGAAGAAGGAUUGGUGCCGGACAAGAGAUAAGAAUAGAGAGAGAGUGUAAUCAAAGCAAGGGAUAACGGUCAAGUGCACAUUUCAUUCAUGUCAAGGCUAUCUGAAAAGCAAGGGAAAUCAUGAUUCAUUGGAUUGGCAAAUCAGACAGAUUUAAGAGCUAUACUUGGCUAAAGCAUAAGACAAUACUGCGGUGAAAGCCUUAAGCCAGGAAAAUAAAAAAAUGUUAAUGAAUUAUUGACCCUAGUCUAAAGGUACCAGUAUCUUUCCCAAGCACCAACUCGCUUUCGAUUUUUUAUGUGGGCUCCCUUUUCCUUGUGUUAAAAGUGCCAACUUCUUAGUUUUCGUACUUGAAUUCGGAAUUGGCAAAACUUGAUCCUAUUUGACCUACUGUAUAGAUAGCCCUAUUUAAUAAGUUGCUCCUAUUUUGGUAUUUCGUGCAUCCGUUUCCACCAUCCAUUUCUGCCUCCUGGCAGAAAUGCAGGGAAUGUGUAUCGUUCUAGUCUCUUCGAAUCAAUCAAUAUGACUAUCGGAAGAAGAAUAACUACCUUCUCGAAUCGAAAUCAAGACUCUUCUCUUGCGGGAAGCGUAAGUAGUGGAAUGAGGCUGGAACCCAUCAAUAUCGCUAAACCUGGAGAGUUGCUUGUGUUGGGUUCAAAGUUUCGCUCUACCAAGGCAAGGCAAGAUAUAAUAUAAUACGCAUCCAGCUUUAGCUGAAUAUAGUGAGUGUUAAGCAAAGUACAGUACGCCUUUAGUUAAGAUUUAUCCCAGUUUAGUUCCUUUUUAGUUUAGUUAAGCCAUUUAGUUUAGUUACGUGAAGUCGGCCCUCGAGUCUUAGUAGAGUAGCCUAAAGCAGUGGAAACUUGCCAUGCAUUCUACUCAAUAGGGAAGUUAAGUUAUAGAAGUCUUUCUUCCUCUUCUGGUGAAGCUAGCUACUGUCGUUUCUAUUGGUUUCUCAAGAGGCUCAAGGUCUUGCUCUACCUAAUCCGAUCUAGUUCCGGUCUGUAAUGAUGGAUAGGAAGGGUUGAGAGAACUACGUAUCUCGCCUAGCAUUUGUGUGUGCGCACCUGCUUUUGGGCGGUUAGCGAAACGAAAGUAAAGACAGCUAUGUGUGAUGAAGUAAGCCCUACGAUGCUCGGUUAAGUAAAGACUGCUGUUAUCUCAUACAAAACAAGGACUCGGGAGAAGAACUAGUUAUCCCCAGAGGGGGAACUAUGAUUCUCUCAGAUGUGUCUAUCGAUAUAGAUCAAGUUGAGUGUUCAGCGAAGUAUGCUAGCCAUUGGCCUUACGUUCAGGAUACUCCUUCCUGUCCUUGCGAUGUUUGGUUAAGUGUUAUCAAUCAGCUUUCCUCUUCUUCCAGCAUUCUUCUAAUCAUUGGUUUGCCUCUAACGAUGGUUGAAUAGCUCCUGUUGUUUGUCUCCACCUUCCUUCUCCCUGUAAGUUGUCCUCAUACUCCCAGUUCUUUCUCUUCUUUCUUUUCUUCCUCUACGACUUUACUAUACUAUAUUAUUCUUGAAUAAGCUAGUGAUUAUCUGAGGCUUACAGUAUGGUAUACCGAGGGCUAACUCCACUACUUCAGAUUGUUGAAUCGAAUAUACCUUCUAUAUACCUAGCUUAGAGUAUUUGAACCUGUUACGUCGAUUGCUGAACCACUUUGACGCGUUGGCUUUGGCUCUGGCUUUUCCUAUAUCUGAAUGUUUCGGAAGAGUCCGUGGCUAUCCUGCGCGAAAGAGGAAGAACUCAACUCUUUGCAAAAAAAGGAGCAUCGCUCUAAUCACUUAUGGUUGUUCCUUUCCAGGAUGGAUGGCUACUGCAUAUUAUCAUAUAGAAAUCAAAUGAAAACCCUACUGAAUUAGGCAAGCGAUUAUUCGCAUCGUUGCUUAGGUGCUCUAACAAGCCGCAAUUGGUUAGAGAUUGGAUCAAGUUCCAGGCUUUUUAAAAAGUGCCUUCCAGCUUACUUAAUUGACUCGCAUGGGCUUUCUCGCUAUAAACGAACUAAACGAAGCGCCUAAAGAGAGAGAUCCGCGGGACACCAGUCAAUAAAGUAAAAAGAGAGUAUUCUCUUAUGUAGUCUUAUUCCUUCCCACCCCCUUGUGGGUGCUGCUCAAGCAGCUCAGGAGGCGCCAACCCCACAACCACAGGUAGAAGGAGUUCCAGGUGCGGCGUCCAGAUCAGGGACUAGUGGCCCGUCCUGUUCGGAUGUAAAGGAAAGAUGAAAAACUUUUCUCAAACAGUGGGGAAAGGGCCCCAUACGUCAAAGCCAGAUAAAGAAUCUCCAACAAGAUUCGAAAUUGGAUCGUUCAAGUCCAAAGGAUAGAGAAGAAAUCCUCAUGGUCACCAGAAGAUUUUUCAUCGAGACAAAACGCUGCUAACGCUGUAGUAUUGGAAUAUUGGGACUACUAUACUACUGCGAGCGGGAAAAAAAGAAAAACCUUCUGUCGACUAGAGUUUGAUGUCGAUUUAUCCACACUUCCAUGACUUCUAGAGGAAAGCUAACUGCUUGCUGGCUGGGAGCUGUAUGAGCGGUAACGUCCACGUACGGCUCCGUGAGAAGGUGGACGGAAAUUUGUUGUACCUCACUCCCGUCUUCAAUGGGGUCUGCUCUUUUUUUUUUGGGAGAGUAUGCCAAUAUGAUCUUAAUGAGGUGCGGGGCUUUGCAUCUGACAUUCGUUGGGCUUUCCUCUGCGUCCCGGCCUUUUUGUGCAAUAAACCCCUCCGGCCGAAGACUAGUGAUAGGUGGUCCCGCGGAGCUUUCGGAGAAGGGUAGCCUAGUGUGUAAGCACAGCAAUGAACCGCGGCGAACCCUCAGACGACCCUUCUAAGAUAAGGGGGGAGACCCUCAGUAGUGGUGACCCUUUGACUCUUCCACUGACUUAUAUAUGUACCGAAUGCUCAUACGGGAAAGUGAACUCCUGGGUCUGGGGGUUGCUCCGAGAAAAAAUCCUUUCUUUCUCGUCCACUCCAGGGGGUGCGGACACACCUGCGCGGAUUACAGGUGACGGUUACAAGAAUGGCGGGGAAGUGAAGAGUACCCGACGACAUUCAGGGAUGAAUGUAGACCCAUCGGGCAGGGAUAAUCAUUCCGGUCCUGGGAGAGGUGGCGACACCAGUCUGAGCUGAGGGAAGCCAGCCAAUUGAGUCACUGAAACGACCGCAGGAGGCGCACCCUAAGCCCAGCUUCUCGGAGCUGCUAUUGCGAAAUACGGCUUCCUUAAUAUACAAAUUUCCACAAGGGGGCUGGGCUGCUCGCCUUCAUAGAAAGGCGACCGGGCCUAGAUUAGAUGUUCGCCUUUUUAUAGAAUAGAAAGAGAAGGUAAAGGGGGGCUUUAUUGGUAAUGGCUGAGGUCCAUGAAAGAAUCGCUGGAGCACAUCAAGCGGGCAGAAGAAUGAGAUGGCUGAUACACAGAUAUGGGUUUUAUUGGCCAAACAUGGAAAAAGAUUGCAAUAAAUACGCCCGAGGAUGUCCAAAGAUACAGACCGAUUAAAAACCUGUAAGCGGAAGAAUUACAUGAAAUCAUUAAACCUUGGCCAUUCCGAGGUUGGGCAAUUGAAACAAUUGGAAAAAUAUAUCCUCCUUCCAGCACCUUUUAACAAUCUUCUUCUGUGUUGAAGCGUAAUAGGAAGAAGCCAAAACAUUCUUUCAAGAAUCUCCAAAUCCCCCAUCCACAUAACCCCUUAUUUUCUCUCCAAUGGUAGAUUCGAAGAAAUUCGCAUGCUCAUAUCGUGCUCUCAUCCCAACCCCAAGAAAAUAGAACUCAAAGAGGAGCCAUAUGCUUCAUAUAUUGAUGGUUUCUUGGAGGGAUGGAUCCUAAUGCAAGCAAGCCGGAACUCUUCCACAUAAUUUUCAAGGCGACGCUUGGGGCCUUCCAUGUUAUAGUCAGCCAACUCUAUUUUCUCAGGUACCUGAGAAAGAGUAAGAACACCUGCGUUCCAGUAUACCAUCCUUCCAUGCAGUAGUAAUCCCCCCCUCUAAAAAAGUAAGUUGAGAUUCAAAGCAUUCCCGUAAGCUAGUAAGUCAAUCAAAGCUAUAACUCUAUUUGUUAGUUUCAGGAAACUGGUACAUAUUUAUAAUAAUAAUAAUAUAUAUUAUAUCUUUAUAUUAUUAUUAUUUGGUAUUUACCAAUUUUAGACUAAGCAUAAAUUCAUUUUGAAAGAAAAGGCAAAUCCCCAGAAAUAAAGGAUUUUUACUACGUUACCCUCAACUCAAAAAGUACUCCGGCAGCGUGAGUGAGUACAGGCUCAUAUUCCUAUUUAUUUUCUGACAAGGGAGGGAUGCGUAGGAUUUCUUACAAGAGAGAUCGAAGAUAGGGAGGUACUCAAUAUAAUGUGUACUCUUUCAACUGAAGAUGACGAUUGAACUUUGGUACCGCAGCAAAUGAUCAAAUGGACCGUGGGUACUAAACUAAACUAAGAGUAGUAACAACUAUUCCUUCGCAACUUCGCCCUUCGCACUUACCUUUCGUCCGGUACGUUGUUCAAAUGUUUUUCUGGGAUUAUGUUGGUGAUCUUGAAGGGUUGUGGGAGUAUGCAUGGGGGCAGUCUGUUGGUGACAACCUGUUGAACUCAGUUUAUGCUAUGGGUAAGUGUGUGCAAGACUUUAUGGCGGAUGAGAAGAUUCACAAGCCUACGCUGCUUGGGCCGCAUUUUGCUUUGCUGGUAAGAAAAUGCAGUAAGUUUGUUUUUUUCCGUCCUGUAUUGUUGGUGGGUGAUUACAGUAUGGCUUUAACUACUAAUGUUUGCAAUCAAAAGGUUUGGCUGUAUGAGCAUACUCAAGUGGUAAGUCUACGACUUGGUUGGUAUCUGUUUCCUCGAUUUAGAAACAGGAAGCUUGAGAACCAGGAGUGAGUUCGUCCCAAGGGUGGGUUCGUGAGAUGGAUAAUGAUAGGUUUAUCAUGCAGCCUUUGUAUACGCUGCUGACAGACAGACGAAGAAGCUUUUUUGAUGUAUAGCAACGUGCGUGAGCCGUGCUAAGCAAUCAUAUUAAUAUCCUUCGCUACUUAUUUUGGAUGCUGGUGGCUUGGCUUAUUAACUGCUCUAAACCUUGCAAUGAUCAUGGAGGGCGCGUUUGCACUCGUAUAUUUUAUCGGGUCUGGCACUCGUAUAUUUGCAUAUUCCCGUUCUCGUCCUAUAGCCUAUAGCGGAUCACCUUACCUCAAAUAAGAAAGAACUAACUGGCUAACCCUCGCACUCCAAUAGCCUGCCUCCAAAGCAAGAAACCCAUCUAUAAGUCUAUAAGAGAGCCCUGGCACUAUAGACCCGCAAAAGGGUUGAUCGAUCAACAUGCCAAGAAACUAGAUCUGCUGUUCCACACUUUGUCUUUUAUUUGACGUAUUCGACCUGGCGCCCCAAACAGAAGGCAGAUACUGGCAGAUCUACUCCUUUCCUAUACUAUACUAUACCGCCCCGAUACCCAGUUUCCUUGGGUAAGAACAGAGAUGAAGUCCGUCCCUUAGCCUAGUCUAUAUCCACUAAUGUUGUUGUUUUAUAGAGGAAGACUGUCUUCUCGGGGAAGACAGGCUUUCGAGGACAAAAGGAAAGAUACAUGAAAAAAUCCCAACUUAAAGUAGUGGAAUUGCCAAGCCUAUCGGGUAAGCGAACUGUCUAAGACUGGCGAAGGGAAAGGACUGGUAGGAAACCCAAACUCGGAUAGUUGGGGAAAGGAAUGCAAGUAUGCCAAUGAUAAAGAGUAACCAUCACGCACUUUUCCAGUAGGAAUACAGGCAUUUCGACCUAUCUUUUUUUACUUUGUUAGGGACUCAUUCUUUCUAGCGUACAGUGGCACUUGUCACCAGCUCUGCAACUCGUACAGCUAUUUCUUCCUCCUUUUAACCUACAACAGCGCUAUACCUACUAUUCUCUGGCCUUAUCUUUCAAGAAUGUGCUUGCGCCAGUUGAUCUUUCGGGUAUGAAGCCUAGACAAGUAGAAGGGGAGAGAGUAGCGAGUUGACGAGCGAGUGCUCUGCUCUAUCAUUUAUUACAAGAAAAGUCAAGCUUGAAAACUGCUUCUUCUCAACCAGGAUACGAGCCAAUCCCUAGCCUAGAAGCGAGGAGAGAGGGUAUUUCAAAUUCACAAAGCCAAACUGACAAGCGAGAGCCGGUGAGUAAGGUGGAGGCAGAAAGGAAGUUGUAUGAAUCUCUUUUUCCCGGAAAAGUAUACUUGUGAGGAAAUCAAAACCAAGAGGGCGGCAUCGCUUCGCGCCUUGUUUUUCUGGUAAGGAAAGUCCUAUCCUAGCAAUAAGUGAUGAAAGUAGUACCCAAGCCAUUCGUUGGUCUUUGACCCCUGUAAUAAUGGUUGUCCCGAGCUGUAUGAAAAAAAUCGCUAUCCUUCCGCCAACCUAAAUGAAUGGAAAACUUACUAUCUCUAUCUAUAUCUCUUUAUUCAAGUACCGAUCUUAUUUCCCGGCUCCAAAGAGCAUAUUUUAAUAUUCAAAAUAGAAGAGAGAGAAAACAAAAAAAAACAGGAAUUGCGCUAUCGAGUUCACUGCUUUAGAGAGGGUGCGCAGGGUAUCGUCCCUAUCUCCUCGUGCCCUAGGCUUAUGUAUGUGAAAAAGCAAACAAUGCAAUUUUGUGGAAAUUGGAUUCUCAUCCGUGAGGCCCCAAGUGCUACUUCUCAGGGUAAAGGCAAGACAGCUUGAAAGGUGGAAGCUCUCUAUAGUGUCAGUGCGAGUGGAAUAGGUUCGAUCGAUAUUACUUCGGCGUCGGCGGGUACGGUAGUAUUGUUUGAUCCGUUGAGGAGGAUUUUCUUUUCGCUAACUCAAAAGUCUUUUUCUUCUAUCAAGCAAUGUCUCAGUUCCUUUGAUUGAACACGUGGAUGGAGUAGUUCACUCUGGUUUGAGAAAUAGUGUUAGGGCAUUUAAUUUAGUACCAGAACUUCAGAACUGGGGGAAGACCUUAUAUUAAUAUUAGUAGUAAGGACUAUCAACGCGAGUACAUGCACAUUAAUAACAUAGGUUAACAUUCAAUUCAAGAAAGUGAGAUGAGUUACUUUAUGUUGGAAAGGAGUAAAAGUAAGAGAAACAUGCAUACAUUAGUAAGAAAAAAAGGACAUCGAUAUAUGGGUAACAUAGGCCUCCUCCCGUUCAUUAGUCUUGGGUGGGAUGCUAGUGGGGGCUGAGCAUAAAGCCAGGCUCUUUGUCUUCACUUCCUAUCCGUUUUAUACUGUACGAGCCGAGCUUUACGUCCUACUAAUUUAGUCUUUUCCGAUCAGAUGCUAUUCCGACUUCCCAUUUUUCUACUUUUCUGUUGCUAUAUGCGUAAUUCAGGCUCUCUUUAUGCCCAUGCAUGCAUACACAAAGCAAAGAUGACUUGAAGAUGCCUUACCAAGAAACUGGAAUCUCUAAUCCCUCUUUGGAAUACUCAUACUUCCUUCUACAAGGAAGAAACUGAGCAGCAGAGAUUUUGGCAAUAGCAAAUCAAAUGUCAUUUAUCCUGCUAAGGUACUUUACUUUCCCUUGACUUUGAUUGACUUUCCUUUCCAAAGCUAUGAUCAAGGAAGCAGGCCAGGAAUGCUCUUAUGAGAAAUGGAGAAGCAGGAAUGGUAUUCCCAAGCAAAGAUAGAAAGAAGCCUUGCCUUCCCUUAGACCUGGAGACAUAUCCACCAAGAAACCAGAGAAAGCUAUGAAUGAAACUUCACUUAACUUAUAGUGCUUCGUACGCGUUCAUUACAUGAGAUCUGUUUGCCUGUAGUGUAGUACAUCCCUCCAGUAUUCGAAUGAGCUUGAUUUCUCGAAUUGGUACAAUGCUCUUCUUGUCUCUUCUUCUAAAGAGUGAGAGUGCUGGAGUGGCGUGUCUCUCUAGUAAGGUACAACUAUACCGGAGCUGAUAUCUCUUCCGCGGGUGAUUCUCCGGUAGAGAAGGCAGUGCUUAAUACCGGUAGUUCGACCUUUCCCAACGGAUGCGAUCCAGACCCUUUCUUGGAAAACCACGGCCUGUUGCUAAGAAGGAAAACGAGUCCUCUCCUGUUGCUCAAGCCCAAGAAGUAUCUGACCCUUGGGAGGCAAAGCACUAGAGAACAGAGAUCAUAGGGGAGGAGCUAUCCCCGAGCUCCGGACCAGAACCAGUUUCUCCAACCUGGCCUGCUUCCUUUCCUUUAGCCUUGCUUUUCUUCUGAUUCAGUCCAAAGAUAGAGACAAAAGAAAGGUAAUUAUUGAAUCGGACUUGGCUUCUUUUUCGGCAUGGGCAAAGGUUUGGCAAUUCCACCAUUAGCAAAGGUUUAAUCGGUUGACGGUAUCCUUGGGGAAAGGCACCUGCUUUUAGCAAUGGUUGUUAUUGGCAAAAGGAACACUUUACUCGGCUUGUAGAAAACUCUGGACUAGGCUGAAGCAAUUAGUCUCCCGUGUCAACUACUCAUUUCUGUUUAUCGAUUUUCUAUGCUUUCGUUCCUCUCUUCCCCGAAGAAAGUAUUCCUCGCCUCGCAUAGAAGUCAGUGAAUUGAUGCUCCAAUACGGAUAGAAGUUAGUUCUUCCUCAGGUAAGAGAUCUGAAUCAUGCCAAAAUGAUGGUGCAGUUCAUUCCAAUCCCAAUGCGUCUGUUCGCCUAGCCUACUACCCCUAGCCUUUAUCCUACUAUCCUCGUAACUAACUGUAGUUCAUCCAUCGAUAUCCAUUCCUCGGCAUCCGUUAAAGGGUACCUUUAUCCCGUUAAAAGGUUUCGGCUCGGCUUUAGGGUGGGUUUCUCUUUUAAACCAGCCUAAUCGAAUCCAGGAGUAAGGAAUAUACAAUUGGAUGCUUUCCCCCUCCAUACCGGGUAAUGAUUGGUAUGGCAAGGCUAUCCCCAUGAUCAGUUAUCCCAACCGAAUCAUCCCCUAGCGCGAUUCCUAUCCUAAGCAUUCGUUCCUACGAGCCAGAGCAGCAUCCUUUCCUUGAAUUGACGUAUAUGAGCGUUGUUAUCAGGUACGCCAAUAUGAGAUUUUCCGGACUGACUCUUUCCUUUGUUCAUAGAUCGAUCUAAUUACGUAUAUACAGGCUCCGCACCUAGAGGCUCACCUUCUUUCGCCAAUAAUAACGCUAGAGAACGUAGUGAGCGCUAGAGUAGAGAUAUUCCUUUUCAUCUGAGGUUUAUUCCUUCCUAUUCCUUUUACGAGCGCAAUACUAAUCGAAUCCAGUCCCAUGUCUCCGGUUCUGCUCCUAUCCCUCUAACAAAGGCAAAGGGGCACGGUACCAAUGCUAGGCUCUCCUUUUAACAAAGUUAGGAUCAUUCUCAUAUAUGGGCAAAAGUAGUAAACCCGAUUUCCCUUCGGAAAGUAGAUGAUGGAUUUUAAAAAGUUGAUCUCAUAUAGCGGGGAAAUCAAUGAAUAGCAUUUUCACUAAGCUUUGGAAAAGGAAGUGGGUCACCCAUUGCAAAAAAGUUAGGAACACAUAUAGGCGAAAGUACUACUUUUUAAUUCAACUAUAACUGAGCGGAACCUUCCUUUUGGGGCAAGGCACGGCAACAACGGAAAGGUUAACCAGGAUAAAACAAACCUAGUACUACGCCCUCCAAACAGAUCGUAUCCUCGGCUAUUUCAUUAGAAAUAUAAAAAGCAUAUUUCCCUGGCGUCAACCCCGGAGGGUGUAGAAACCAUUUCUUUUCCUUUGCUACUAGAUACGAUGCUUUUCGUGUAGGCUACGCUUUUCGCAAGUAUUGUUUAUUUGUUCCGAAUAGAGUAUGCCUUGGUUUAAGAGAGGAGGCAUCUGGAUAGCUAGGGAUAUUGACACGGAUAAGCUCUUAGGCAAAGCAAGGCAUCUGCCAACUUGUAUGCAUCACCCUGUGCUUUUGCACAUCAAUGGAAAAGAUAGGAACAGCGAAUCCUUGUAGGAGACGGGUUGGUUUACCGGUGCAGUUCAUAUGCUUCCUUGCGCUAGAAACCAAUACGCACGUACGAGGCCUACGAUUCUCUAGUUGUAUUGGCAAGGGAAAGAAGAUGCUAUGGGAAUGUUUGGAAUGAAAUAGCUUAGGAAAGGCAGGAUCUGCUGAUGAAAGUGGGCCGGAGCCAGAACUAGGAUAGGGAUCAGAUUGGGAGCAGGUUAGAUGCAACCGCCGGGAGGACAAUCCGACUUCGAAGUACGAGCAGGGAUAUUCGAUAAAAGGAAUUCCAAUCGGAAUAAAGGGUGAAUUCGAUUAGUUGAACAGGCAGCAGAUGAAGUGAUGGGAGCUAGCUCACUUCCUUCAAUGAACGGAUUUGCCUUGAUUUGAGAUUUCUAAUUGAAUCAAACUCUCGCCCUUUUGAGAUUGAGUUACUUCCUUGCCUGGGCUAGUCGUAAUCCCUUCUUCUGUACAAGAUGGUUAGAGCUAACCCCAGUACUACUCCUUUGGCUGCAGAGUACCACCUCUUCCUCAACUGGAUCUGGUAUUCUUCCUCGAACCAGUGCUUCCUCGGAGGAUGGUUCUACUUACUGUCCCCUCUACUUUAGGUUUGGAGUUCAGCUACACCUUUUGGCUUUGCAUGAAUGCCAUUUUCCUCUGUGUCUCUUUCCUGCGGGUGCUUGGUCUUUUGCUAAACUUGUUAUUUGGCUCUCUUCUUUGUCCCUAGUUCCUGUUUCAUGCCGAGUUUCUAUAACAGUACCUGCAUCCUGCCUUUUAGCUUAUCCGUGGACCAGUGCUCUUUCUUUCCGCUUUGAACGGACGCCUACAACUAGAUAAUUUGUCGGAUGACAAUACAAUACUACAAGCAGGAGGGGACACAAAUCCUUUAGAUUUCGCUAGUGCAACGCUCGUAUUGACCUUUAGCUCGUGGGAAUCAAUCGUAGUUUUGAUUUCAUAUCCUACGUAGUAUUUGCGUGGGCCUCGCUCGUAUGCAAGGAAUAGGUUUAGGAACAGGGCUAGCGAAGGAAGGGACCAAGGAAGGAAUUCGUAGCCCAGAACCUUAAGCAGGAGCUCAUAACUACUACGAAUGGAAAGAUUCCAGCUAUUGAAGCUUAAAAUAAAAGAACAGAAGAAAAAGAUAGAGAGGUUCAAGUUGAUGGAAUCCAAAUCUUAUGCUGAUUCCAGUGAUGAUGACAUAUUUGCACAUAUAUCAUAUUCCACUUGAUCGAUAUACCAAUUCCUGAAAAAAGAAGAAGAUAGUGUUGUGUUAACCAGUUGGAAUGUCAUGAAAGCACUUACUUCCGAGACAGCCUGUCCUCGGCUAUUUCAUUAUCAAAAGGAAGUAUUGGCAAGGCUGUAACAUUACAUGCAGGUCCUAGCCUACGUUCGUUGGUUCAGAUCUACUCCUAGCAGUGAGAGCCGGAUAUGAAUACUAAUUUGUAGGCUACUUCGCAAUGAACACCAGAGCUAUAUGUUUGUUUAUUCACCUAGUUCCUAUGUCCGCCUUUUCCGCGCCCGCUCUAUCUCUAGAUAUAUCUCUUUAUAAUCCAUCUCAGAUAAGUAAUGGUAGUCUUGAUCAUCCCUAUCAUCUUCCUCUUCCCAGCCGUCUACGCGAAAACCAAAGAGAAUCAGAGAGCCGAAGGACCUCAAACAAAUAGCUGGUUGCGUUAAAGAGGCGUGGAUACUUGCAGGAGAUUGGAACACGUAUGCCGAUCCGACCGAGGCAGUCCAGGCAAAUGCAUGAAGUUGAAAAACAGGAUCGACGAAUGUAAGCUUCUCGACACACCACCCAGCCUAUGAAAUCCCUACCUACCAUUCCAAGACCCAAGUCUGUAAUUCCUACUGCCGUGCUCCAUUCGGAAAACAGGCCUUAGAACGCUAGUUACUCGACUGUGCCUUCAAGGAAGGUCUGGAACCUGAGAGGUGAGUUCUGAGAAGCCAACCGCAUUCAUUGGUUUUGAAAAAGAAGAAAGAAAGUAAAAAAGGCUUAAUUACUAAAUAUGGCUAUCUUUAACUACACCACUUUUUCCAACGUUGCUUUCCCUAGGACUUCGUUAUUCGCAAUUAGGAAGGGUGUAGAUGUACGCAGCUUCUCCUCAUGUUGUUGGCCGGAGUAAGGAAGAAAGCGUAGUAGUACAAUGCUGAACAUUCCGGAGCAAUGGAAGUUUAUCUUGCCGCUGUGUAAAGUGUCGCAUUCCCCUAUUCUUCGUCCGAUGCCGAAGCAUCUCCCUCUUAUUAGGGUAGGACCCCUGAAGAAAUUUCCAGAGAUAUACGAGAAGGCGCGAAGCGUGGAUGGAGUUUGCUUAGGGGAAAAGCAGUCCAACUAUGGGCUCAUACUAGUUUGGCAUUAACAUGCUUGGUAUUGGCAUCCCCCUGAAAGAAGGCUAGGCUUAUUCACCUACCUCUUCUUGCUGGAACGUGAGCUAUUGCUUUGGUCAACAACCAACGCUUGGAAAGUAAUAGUUCUAAGAAAGAGCAAACUGCUAAGCCUGAGAAGAAGAAUCAUAAAAAAUCAUAGAAUGCUAACAACCAGCUUCUUCCAGCUUUGUACAUCAUUUAUUGUAUCGUUUAUGGGUGCUUGUACAUCAUAAUAUCCUCUUCAUAUCUUUCCUUUCUCGAGUGAGUGGUGGGAUGGAUGUCCUACCACGAACGGAAGCUGACAGAGCAAUAUCUAUUCAUAUGCUUCGUAAUCCUUGAUUUCCCAAAGAUAAGAUUCCUUGCCAAGCCAAGACUCUUGAGUGGGAUAUUUCAACUACUUUAAAGCGAGGAGGUGAAUGAGCAAGCAAAAGGUAGGCUAGGCGGUCUCGCCCAUCCCAUGAUUGGUGGACUUCCUGCUAUUUCAGAGUAAGCAUCAGCAUCUCUUCCAUCUUGUUCUGGGCCAAGCAAACCAACUAUUUAGUCCAGGCACUCGUAUUGAAAUGGAAAACAUGCUUCUUUCUGCUAUCGACCAAUCCGGAUCCGAGAAUGAUCUGCCCCAUCGUUAUUAGUAAAUGUGGGGUGUAGUGCUGGAACCUUUAGUUCUGUGGGCGUACAAAGCAUGUGGCUUGUUUGACUUGACCUAUGGGAUGGGGGUACCAAUCUUCGUUGCAUUCAGGAUUGACCUGAGGAAUGGGCCGGAGUAUCAGAAUAGAUGUGCUUCGUGCGACUCGUUUCGACUAGCAUGAAAUCCGGAAUAACAAGAAACCCUUGUGCAAGUCGAUGAUUGAUUGCUUGAGAAACAGAAGUAUGACAUCUCUUUUUUCUCGUAUUACAACAACUAGGCUAUUCGGAUUGCUUUGCAUGCUAUUCUUCGAGUCGAAGCUUGUCCCACCUAAGUGCCGUGCUUCAUUCUCUGCGGCAAACCUCAAAUCACUCAAAUAAAAAUCAUAAUAACCGAGGCCCGAGGCUAGUCUUCAUUCUCGUAUCCCGAGGCGGCUUUCUCUAUCUUUAACCCGAGGCUAGUCUUCCUGGGGAGGAGUUUCUUGCCCGGUUCCUAGCUUUGGCUGGCAGGUUGAAAGUUGCGUAUUCAUUCAAUAGAAGCAGAUCCCUAAUCUCGAUUAGUAACCUUUGUAGGUCAUUGUUCUGUCAGGGUUUCGAGGGAUAGGGGCUGGCCGACCACCGGAUCAAGAGAAGCAUUAAGGAGAAGCAACUUAGAUUGAAGCUUUUCAGGUCGAUGACUUUAUAUCAAAAUUUAAUAUAACUUUUUAUGUUCGUCACAUUAGUAGUGACUCACUCCCUUACCCAAGUAAAGUCAUGAAAUACUUCUCUUUACUAGAUCCUGGAUCCUGGCUACUCUACUUACUAGAGCUAGAGCUCUACUCACUUCAGUAAGAACCUUCCUUCCGGUUGUCACAUUUCUAGCUAGUGAUAAAGAUCUCUUUCGAGUUCGGAGCAGGGAGGAUAGCGAAGCGAUUCAUACAUAGCCUUUCAAGGUAGUGGAACUGGCAAGUGUCUGGAUUGGAUGGACUUCCAUGCUUUGGCGGAACACUUCACUUAAUGAGUGAUGCCCAUUAUACUACAAACCUUUUUGAGAGAGGACUUUGCCAACUAGGAAGUCUGCUAUCCCAACCAAUCGACCAGGAUCGAGUGCACGAAUCGCUUGACCUAGUAUGAUAUAAAGUGCCUCCUUCGAGUGCAUCUAUAGAGCAUCCUUUCUGCAUCCUGCAUCUGCUUCAGGAAUGGAUCAAACUAGGUUGUCGGCGGAAGUAGUGGUAGUGGCAAGGUAUCCAUGGUUUUCGGUGGAAGUAGAGUAUCCACUUAAUCGUCUCCUGUAUCAUUCCUUUAGCUUGCGGAGGCCAGGUUGUAAAAACCAAUUAAUUGCUUUAGCAAAGAGUCUGGCUCGACUUCUUACCUUGAAAUCUGGAAACUUCCAUCUAGAUCGUCGUGGCAACUCCACUUCCCCACUCUUUCCGCUUUGAAGCGUUUCUCUUAAAGACAAAUGGGUUCUCUUUCUGUCUUCGUAUCCAGAAGCUAGAGAUAGGUUCGGUAGUAGGGCAUGGUUAAGUCCGUGUCAGAAUGAAGUCAGGGUUUCCGGGUGCCUUGUUGGAAUCUUACUCGUAAAAACGAGUGCCUUGUUGGAAUCUUGCUCGUCAAACUAGUAAUAUAUCGUAUUUAAACGUAUGCGAGGAUUGCUUUCUUCUUUCGUUCUCAAACUGAUCGAAUCAAUGGCCAGGAUAGGAAUGUUCCCUGAGAAGAGGGCAGGGCAGAGAAGAAGGCCGAGUAGAAAUACCUCCGAUCUCGAUUCCUUUCAUGUUUUGGUGCCGCUAGCCAUCAUUCCUCG